AUGGGUCACGUGGCGCAAUCCAUGGCUUCCGGUGGUCAUCCUGAGGGAGCUGCGCUGGUCACCAGACAUGACCAGCUGGCUGGCAGUCUGGCUAGGCUGCAGAGACUGGCAGCGAGCAGGCAGGCCGCGCUCAUGGAGAGUGUGUGCAGACAUGAAUAUCUGGCUGAGAGCGCUGAGCUGGAGGAAUGGGUUGCGGAGCAGCAAGCAGCCGCCUCCAGUGAAGACUACGGACAGGACUAUGAACACUUACUGCUGCCGCAGGCUCAGCAGCAGCUGAGGGCGGAGAAAGAGGCGCGCGACGACUGUUUCCAGGACGUACUGGCCAGGGGGCAGAGGUUACUGGAUGAGGAACGUCCCAGCUCAGCGGAGAUCGAGGAGCGUUGCCGCGCGGCAGGUGGCGUUGGAGCAGCUGAUCGACUGGCGCUGCUUCCUGAGAGACGACAAAAGUGA